CUUUUUGACAGCAUUUUCUAGUUUUCGUUGAUUUUUGAAUCGUUAAUUUUGAAUAUCCUUAUACUUAUAUAUAUAACUUUCUCAUAACGAAGUAUCCCUAGAUAUUUGGUCGAUGCGUGUGCGCAAUCAGUAUAUUUUGUUAGCAGUAUCGGACACCUUUACGCGGAAUGAGUUUCACUCAUCGAUUGGCAGUAGCACAAAUUCGAAGAAGAUAGCUUGUCAGCAACGACGAACUAAUUCAUCAAUCUACAUCACUGGUAUAUGUAAUACACUGCCAGCAUAAUAACAACAUUUCUUGUGUGUACACAAGCAAACCGGUAAUGAAUUGUUGUCAACGAAAGAAAAUGUCAGAAAGUUCUCUGCCAACGUUCGCGGUAAAGUGGUCCGGAAAGGAGUUUCCCAUCGAAGGCCUAUCUGAUAGCACCACACUUGCUGAUCUCAAGCAGCUUCUCAUGGAAAAGACUGGUGUUCGAGUGGAGAGACAGAAGAUCAUGGGUCUCAAAUGUAAAGAUCGUAGAAGUUCAAAAUUGAUCAUAACGAAGCACAAGCGGCGCCAAAACGCCUUGCCAACAGAAGUAUCAAGUCGCCCAGCCGGUGAUACGGACUGUCUAAAGGAUAUGGGCGUAAAGGAGAAACAGAAAUUGAUGAUGAUCGGAAGCCUUGAGGAGAGCAUACGCGAAGCCGCGAAAGCACCGAAUCCCGAAGAAAUGCCGGAGGUAGUAAAUGACUUGAGCAUGGAAGAGGACAUUAUUGCAGUGGCAGAUCGACCUGAAUUUCUAGACAAAAUUCAGAAGCGGGUUGAAACCAUUGAGAUCAAGGAAAUAAACGCACCUCGAGAAGGGAAGAAGCUACUGGUGCUAGAUAUUGACUAUACCCUAUUCGACCAUAAAUCGUCAGCGGAAAGCGCUGCUGAGUUGAAACGACCGUUUCUUCAUGAAUUUCUGGCUUCGGCGUACGAAGAUUAUGACAUUGUCAUAUGGAGCGCUACCUCUAUGAAAUGGGUCGACGUUAAAAUGAAGGAACUCGGCGUCACAGGUCAUGAAAAGUACAAGAUUCUGUUCCAUCUUGACUCAUCUGCAAUGAUCUCUGUUUGGAUUCCUGAUAAGGGACUUAUCGAUUGCAAACCGCUUGGAGUCAUAUGGGGCAAAUAUCCCCAGUAUAAUCGUCAGAACACAAUCAUGUUUGACGACGUCUCUCGCAAUUUCAUCAUGAACCCGCAAAAUGGACUCAAAAUUAAGCCGUUCAGGGAUGCCCACUUUACUCGAGACGAGGACAGGGAGUUGAUCCAGCUUGCCAGAUACCUGAAAUGCAUUGCUCGCCUAGAUGAUUUCACGAAGCUACGUCACAGAAAAUGGGAACGCUACCUUGACAAGUACGACAAAUAACGUAUGGAAAUAAAUUUGAAAGAUUUUUUUGCCCAAAACAGCAAAUCAACACAAGUUUCAUAAUUCAAAUACUAUAAGGCUUAAAAAAGAACCCAAAACUUUGAUAUCGUUUUCUGGUGGUCUAACAAAGGUCAAUAAGAUGUAUUAUAUAUAAAUAU